UAUAAUUAAAAGCCAAAUUCAGAGGCAAAAUGGAAGCAUUGUUGAACGCAACGAUCUGGGUAUCCUGCUAUUGCCCUAAUACCUCUAUCCUUCGCUGUUUUCUGGGAUAACGACUUUGGACUCUUUUAUAUCACAUUCUUUGGAGCUCUGAUCAUGCUAACAGUAUGGCCAAUAAUCCAAGAAGCUAUAUUUAUGGGUUUCAUUAUGGGAAGGAAAAAGGCUACCUGGCCAACGCCUAAUUCUCAAGGUGAGAGAUUAAAAGAUGAAGAGCUCUUGCAAAUUAUUGAAGACCUUCUUGGUGAAAAUCUUGGAACCAAACAUCCAAUAGUGUAUAGCCCAGGCUACAACAUCACUGCAUUUGGGUUAGAGAAACUACACCCAUUUGAUUCUCGAAAAUAUGGCAGAAUUUAUAAUUUCCUGACAGAAUAGAAAGUCCUCAGUAAAGAGGACAAACUCUUGGCACCUU